AUGGACUCCUUUCAAAACAACGCCUUCGUAGUGCUCAGACUACUUCCUUCGCUCGCCCUUGGCAUCUUGGCAGCUUUGGUGGGUUAUGUUGCGAUAAAUGAGUAUUUGCGCCGGAAAACUAUGAUUGCUGGCCUCGCAAGCCCGCCACAACAGAUUGUAUUUGGGCACCUGCCGUUCUUCGCGCAUAAGGGUGUGGCAGAGCCUUGUCGAGACUGGUCGCAGAGAUACGGGCCUGUGUAUCAGAUCAAGUUAGGAAAUAUCACAGCUGUAACUGUCAAUACUGCAUCGGCGGCCAAGCAUAUUUUCAGUCAUCAGAGCCAUGCAACAAGCUCCAGGCCUGAAUUAUACACUUUGCACAAACUCGUCAAUGAUGCUUCAGGGACGCCAAUCGGACAGACUCCGUACAGUGACUCACUCAAGAGACGCCGUCGAGCUGCAGCAGCAGCUUUGAACAGGCCUAUGGUACAGACAUAUACCAACCAUCUUGAUCUAGAGACUCGGCAAUUCGUCAAGGAUCUAUUGAGAUACGGGCAAAAUGGCACUAUUUGCAUGGACCCGAUGCACGCCAUUCAACGCAUGUCACUGUCCCUGGUCUUGACACUGAACUGGGGUGUACGAAUGCGAUCUCAAGAUGACGCUCUGUUCUCGGAAAUCGUGCACGUCGAAGAGGAACUCAACUACUUCCGUGGAUCCAGUGCUUCCCUUCAAGACUAUGUGCCACUUUGGCGGCUCUUUCCUACAAAGUCAGCGCGAGCCAUCGCCUUGAGGAAUCGUCGGGACGCGUAUAUCCUCAAGUUCGACCAGGAGCUGCGGCAGCGCGUAAUGAACGGCACACACUCCUCCUGCAUUCAAGCUAACGUCAUGGUCGAUCCCGAGGCCAAGGUUAGCGAGGAAGAGGUCAGAUCCAUCAGCCUAUCGAUGCUGUCCGCUGGCUUCGAAACAGUGGGGGCCACAGUUACGUGGAGUCUAGGCUUUUUCUCCAAGCAUCCUGAGAUUCAGGAGAAAGCUUACCACGAGAUCAGCAAAAUGUACAGCGAUGAACAACCACUCUGCGACCCACAAGAGGACAUGAAGUGUGAAUAUGUAGCCGCGUUGGUAAAGGAAUGCUUGCGAUACUUUUGCGUGGUACGGAUGAACCUUCCUCGAUCGACUAUCAAGGAGAUAGAAUAUGACGGCAAGAUCAUCCCGGCUGGCACUCUAAUGCUUUGCAACAACAUGGCUUGCAACUUUGACCUUGAUUUGUGGCCUGAUGCCGACAUCUUUCGACCGGAACGGUGGAUUGAGCACCCAGAUGCGCCACUAUUCACCUACGGCCUAGGGUACCGGAUGUGCGUAGGAGCGCUACUGGCCAACAGGGAGCUGUACUUGAUUUUCAUGAGAGUGCUUCACAGCUUCAAGAUCGAGCAACACGGCAAUUUUGACGACAAUCCCAUCACUGGCAUUAGGGAUGCCCGCGAGCUAGUGGCCAUGCCUAAGCCUUACAAGGCAUCAUUCAUUCCUAGGCACCAGGAUUUCUUGGAAAAUGCCUUGACUGGGCCUGAUUACGAAAAGAGUAAAAUAUGA